AUGUUGACGCGUUUUAGUCAAAGUCAAGUCGUCGCAGCCAGUCAUUCGCGACCCGCAUCAACUCACUUGUGGGAAUCAGAGUCCCUGCACCAGUCUGAUCAGCGAAAGAUCAGCAAGCGGCCCAAGACAACAGACGAUAAGGUGAAUACACUUCAUGCCAAGCUUGACAUGAUAGCAAGCCGGCUUCAAGCUGUCGAUGCUCGCUCCGACAUGAUCGAGCGAAUGAUUUCAACACCCAUCGACAAGAGUGCUGUCGACCCUCUGUCUCGCGCGAGCACCAGCACCCCGCAGGGCUCGAGCAUGCAGCACAGGAGGUCACACGCGGAGGAGGGCGGAGCAGAGGUGGGAACGAGUCUCAGCCGGACAUGGUCGGACAAGGGACACGAGGGUUAUGAGACUGACGGCCAUCGCGCUCAAGUCCCGCGGGUUUUGACGAACCUGCUGGAGAAGAUUCAGGGUUCGCUCAUCGACCUCGACUACAUCUUCAUAAAGGCACUGGGAUUGAGAUGUCAAUGUAUCAAUGACGUCAUGCGACAGGCCACUGCUUCUGAACAUGAAGCUGCUACUAAGAUCGCCAAGACCGUGAAGGGAUUCUUGAGGAGGAAACGGUACUUGAAUGGAAUACUGGCGUUGAAGAUGUAUCAAGAGCGACAAAGUUCGGGGCUUGCGAAGUUCUUCGAUGGUUUCUUACAAUCAAGAAGAGCAAUACGGUUUCAACUCAAUCAGAUCAUCCGGAAGAGAGAGCUCGAGAGCUGUAGGAAGAUCUUCAGAGCACUGUUCGAUUACGUGCUGGAGAGGAUGCCUCUGAGGUCGAGUCAAAGACAGAAGGCCUUCUUCAUGAUCGUCAAGUACGAGCGGAGGCUCGUCUAUAACAUAUUCCAAGACUGGCGGAAAGCUAUGAGGAUAGUGCAGGAACUCUCGAAGGUGGCGUCGAAGAACAACUCAAGGCUGGAGAAGAUACACAGUGAGGUUUCGAAGCAAGCGAUGCAAGAAGGAUGGCGAGAAGACGUGAUCGAGUCUGUGGUGCAGCAGAGGAUGUACGAGGACUCGAUCGCUCUGAUGAGCGGGCGGAUGGGGGAAAUAGCAGUCGAGAAAGCUGUCAAAGUGUGGAGAGCAUACCUGAUGGUUCGUCGCAAGAAGCGAACUAAGUUCAUGAGGGCGAUAAGGCUGGACAAUUCGAAGAGAGGAUGGGAGGCGUUCUCGAGCUGGAAAGAAUACAUCAAAGAAUGCAAGCGAUGGGAUGCCGGCAAAUACGUCAGGCUGCGGAACGAGCGUCACAUUCAGCACCAGGCGAUUAUGAGCCUGUACUCGAGCCACAUGCGUGUUUGGCUCUUCUUCGCGUCGAAGCGCGCGGAAGUGAAGAAGCGGUUCAAGCUCUGCCUGGAUCGCUUGCUGCGAGACGUGAUGCAUAGUUGGUUCGAGCGAGCAAGGUUCAGCAGGAGCACGAAGAUCGCCGUCCUCGAAAAAUGGAUCCUCGUUUCAAAGUCCAUGUUGCAGUUUCCCUUCCGCAGCUGGUACCUGUGGACAGCAAACUCCAUCUCCAAGAGGCAGGCGCAGGGUAUGAUCGCCGACAUGCUCAGCAGAAGGUGGAUGAAGAUCAGGCUAGUCAACAUCCUCCAGGCAUGGUGGCAGAGGACAGACAGCGGGAUGGAGGCAGGUCAGGGGAGGGAAGAGCUGUUUACCCUCCUGCACGAGCAGCAGCAGAUCAACAAGGACUUGGAGGAAACUGUAAGUCACUACAAGGACCUCCACAAUAAGUCCGAGCUCGGGCUGAGAAAGCAUGAGGACCUUCUGGUGAAGAGGGAGAAGCAGAUCCUCAAGCUAGAGAACGAGCGGACUGAGCUGAUGAUGAAGAUACAAGCGUCAGAGCUGGAGAUCAGCCGCUUGCAGGAGAUGCAGGACAAGAAACUCAGCACCUCCCUCAUCCGCAAGGCGCAGAAGCUGGAGGCCAGUGGCAUCCUCGUCCUCGAGGAAGAGCAGCCGACAGGGAAGGAGGAGGGCCCAGCGAGCUCGGCAGGCUCUGGAGGAGCGGCCGCAGAGCUGUCAAGCCUUGCCGACACGUUGAUCGUUGGAGGGCAUCAGACUGUCGUGAAGGUGGAAAAGGCGAGCGUUGGCAGCAGGACGAGGGAGAGGGAGAAGGGAGGGAAGAAGGAGAAGGAAACGGGAGAUGUCCAGCAGCAGGCGAUCAAGAAUGAGGAGGUCGAAGAUCGAAACUCGCGAGGAGAGGGAGGGAAGGCAGCAAAGGAUGGCGACAGACAAGAACUGAAACCAGCUGCGGCACUUCCAGUCAUACCAGGGAGGGUGUGGGAGGACAACAAAACAGAAGUCUACGUCGACGACAACACUCUGCUGAAGAGAGCCAAGUACAUCAUGUCGACGUUGAGAGACAAGAUGUCGUUGGGAGACAUCCUGCAAGUCGACGAGUCUUCCAAAGAGAUCCUGGAGAUCCUGCAAGCAGGGACGCAGAACGGGGUAGAGGUUGAGCCUUCGAACUUGGACUCUCUGAACUGGCAGCAAUUCAUUGUGGGGCUGGACCAAUAUGACAACACCACGAGGAAGAAGGACGCUGGAGGACAAGAUGCCCUUCUGAGCAGGAUCAUGAAGGAAAGUGAAGGAGAGGAGGAGCUUGUUGGUAGGAAGAUGAUGUUUGUUUUGCAGGUGAAGACGUCGAGAGACAUUAAGUCUGUGACAAAGAUUGCGAAUAAAUGA